GUUGUACAAGUGGUUUAUUGUUUCAUAUUCAGAUCCUUCAUUAUUCGCACAACCCCCGCGGCCCGCCUCCUUUGUCCCCGUCUUCCUUAUUUCGCAAUCCACCGUUCCGAACUUCAAUCCCUAACCCAUCAUUUACAAGAUCGCUUCACAUAUAUUCAAUCUAUACUUGCACACAAUUCAUAAUCUUGAUGGGUUAUCUCUCAUGUAAAGCAGAUUCGGCAAUUUCAACUGCAAAUUCCCAUUUCACCUCCAAGAAAUUGAACUACAAUUCUGAAACUGAAAGUGAGAAGGAAAGGGCUAUCAAAAUUCAGGAAUUCAAGUACAAAGAUCUUGAAGCAGCUACAAGCAAUUUUUCUGAGCAAAAACUUCUGGGCAGGGGCAGCCAUGGUCUUGUUUACAAAGGGGUUCUUCAUGGUGGCCGCCUUGUGGCCGUUAAGAAACCCUCGAGAACUGCCCAGAAAUUAUUGAUUUCUGAUAAGUCAAAUGAAGUUGACAAUGAAUUUGAUAUACUAUCGAAGCUUCAGAGCCCAAGAUUGGUCAAUCUCGUUGGGUUCACCAAGAACGAUUCACGAGAUCGCCUCUUGGUUGUGGAGUUCAUGAGUAAUGGCACUCUGUAUGAUGUUUUGCAUUCGAAUUCGCGGGUGCCCAAUUGGGGAAGGAGGAUAAAGUUGGCUUUACAAAUCGCUCAAGCUCUUGAUACACUCCAUUCCUUGAAUCCCCCUGUGAUUCAUCGCGAUGUGAAGUCGGCCAAUGUGUUGAUAGACCGGAGUUUCAAUGCAAGGUUGGGGGAUUUUGGGCUGGCAUUGAGGUGCGUUGAUGAUAAUCGAUUGAAGUCAACUCCCCCUGCAGGGACCAUGGGGUAUUUGGAUCCCUGUUAUGUGACACCAGAUAAUUUGAGUACUAAGACUGAUGUGUUUAGUUUUGGUAUAUUGCUUUUAGAGAUAAUUAGUGGGAGGAAGGCUAUUGAUUUGGGGUAUUCCCCGCCUUCAGUAGUUGAUUGGGCUAUUCCUUUGAUAAAAAUAGUUAAAUUUUUCGCCAUUUUCGAUCCAAGGAUUUUGCCCCCUAAGGAUGCUUUGGUGAGGAAGCAUUUAGCAGUCAUAGCUGCGAAAUGUGUGAGGUCUAGCAGGGAUAAGCGGCCGACUAUGAAGGAUGUGGUGGAAUGGUUAAGUGGAUUACAUAAGUUGGUUCCUAUUCAUUCUUGGAAUAAUCUCGCGAAUCCUUGUUUAAUGGUGGAGACUGUAGGGAGACCUGUUGAAUCUAGAGGUAUGCAGGUGAAUUCAAAGGGAAAGGGCAGUGAAGCCAGGAAGUUUGAUGGUGAGAAUGCUAAAAUCGGAAUCCCAUUAAGGGAUUCAAGAAGAGUACACUCUGAUUUGGGGUACCGGAGUAAACCGAUGGAUGUAAUAACCGAAUCUGAAUUUCGCGACGUGCAGGAUGGAGUGGAAACUAAAUUGGAAUUCACAAAGGGGGUUCGAGCAUAAGUUUUGAAAGUUUAAGGUUUUAGACAGGACUAAUCAGUCUAUAGUUUUUGGUGAUGGGGGAAAGUUGUGAUACAUUGCAUAGAAUUGAUGUUAAGAUCCUGGCUGAGGCAUCAUAGAGAACAUAAUGGAGAGACGUUUAGGACUUGCUGAUUCGACAACUAAACGAAGCUCAAUUGUGUAAGCUUCUCUUUCUUUCUCACUAAUGUGUUAUUGAUAUCUGUUGAAUUAAACAUAGCUUUAGCGUACAUUGUGAGGCACCAAUGGUGCAUUCUUGAAAUUGUCAUGUUUGUUCUUCAUUGUUUACUAAGGACAUUUUUUCACAUUUCUGAUAGUUGUUGUAAGGUUGAAUUGAAAUUUAGUUUAUUCUUAAAUUUUCUGUUAAUUGGAUUAAUGAUGCUUCUCCUA